AUGGCCGAUCUCAUUGCUGGCUCGGAAAUCCUCUACACUGUCCGCACGGGACUCUGGACAAACUGGAGCCACGGCUCUGUAUUCGGGGCCACCCUGACCCUGAGCCGCGACAACGCCAACCUGCUCAUCGCUUUUGUGGCAUUGUUUGUCACCGUUGUGGGAACCCCCUCGAGACGGCCUUUACCAUCAGCUUCAAGCGACACUCCGGAACGCUUCCAACGUCAGCUCUGCGCUCGUCACUCUCGUCCAACUGUCUUGGGCAUGGCGCGGCCUUGCGAAGGGCUGGCACCGACGACCCUUCCUAUCCUGACCUUCGCAGUGCUGUUCUUUGUCGCCUUUGCCCUCGCCAGCGGCUUCUCUUCCCGAGUUGCGACCAACAGCGAGGUUCUGAUCUCCAGCCCCCAUUGCGGUUGGCUCGAUUAUAGCCUCAACAUGGACAGCUCCGAACUCGAGACCAUAUACAUACCCUACACCUAUCGAGACGCCUUCACAUCGGCAAACUACGCCCAGCAAUGCUACGCCUCGAACUCGACCGGUGUCUUGACUUGUGGCACCUUCGUCAAGAAGCGAUUGCCUCUGAAAGUCCAGACCAAUGCCAGCUGCCCUUUCCAACGAGACAUGUGCAAGAGCAAUGACAGGAACCUGGUCCUCGACACCGGCUACCUGGACAGCCAUGACGACUUUGGGCUCAAUGCUCCGCCGAGUCAGAGGUUCAAGUACAGAAACGUCUUCCACUCGACAGGUCUCACACGAGAUACGACUACGGUCACGCAAUACUGCAACCCGGCAAUUUUACCUACCAGUACUCGAACGACUUCCUCUGGGAAUCCACCCAAACACACUUCACGGCGGCGGCGGCAUCGUGCAGAACCUGGGGACGGCGGCGCUGCUGUCCUCGCCGUCGGCACCCUCACCGUGGUCGCGUCGGUGGUGCUCGAGCCGGCGGCGGCGCGGGGCGGGUGGAGGGAACACGCGCGGCUGGAGUGGUGCACCAACGAGGCGCUCCAGCUACAGCGGCUCGCGCACGAGGAGGCCGGGGCCGCCGAUGGGCAAAGGGGAGCUGGCGCCGAGUCGAAGGUGCCCGAGGUUCGGGAGGAGGAGGAGGAGGAGGAGGAGGAAGAAGAACGGCAGUAG